AUGACUCACACCCUGCUGAAGGCACCCCCAGAUUCAAAGGUCAAUGAGAAGCUGAAGAACAGGUACCCAACACUUGUAGGAAAACUACUAUGGAUUGCAAAUAUGGUCAGACUGGAUAUAUCUUUCACCAUCAAUGCCCUGGCACACCACAUGUUCAGACCCAUGGAAGAGGCAAUGAAAGCAGUGCUCCAGGUCAUCUUGUACCUCAAUCAGACACAGAAUGAGGUUCUGAGACUUGGUGGUGGGGAUGGGAAUGAACCUGCCAUCACCACAUACAUGGACUCAAACUGGGCCUUGGACCUGAAUACAGACAGGAGGAGCACAUCCAGCUCAAUUGUGAAGGUCUUUGACAGUGUGGUAACCUGGAACUUACAUAUCCAGAAGUGCAUCUUGGAAUCAGCAGUCAAAGUAGAAUAUGUCACAGGAUUGACCACCACACAUGAAGCUCUUUUCCACCAGCAUUUACUUUGCAGGCUCAGUUUCAGAGACCACAUAUCACUUAUACUCACAGACAAUACUGGGUGCAUACAAGUGGCAAAAGAUCAGGUCCUUCAUUCCAGACUCAAGCACAUUGAUACAAAAUACCACCUCAUUCGAAACCACGUUUUGGAAGGUGACAUCAUUCUAUGA